AGCCUGUUGAUMAUGUUUUUGAGUUCCACUGACACACCACAAUACAUCCCAUCUCAGAGAGGACCACCAUAGGCCCAGGUUGCAGCCAAGAUGAGAGAAUUCAAGAGCAAGGCUUUCUGGAGGGCCGUACUGGCCGAGCUCGUGGGGAUGACCAUGUUCAUAUUCCUCAGCAUCUCAGCUGCCAUUGGGAACUCAAACAACACCGCUCCUGACCAGGAGGUGAAGGUUUCUCUGACUUUUGGUCUGGCCAUCGCCACGCUGGCCCAGAGUUUGGGCCACAUCAGUGGAGCCCACCUGAACCCAGCAGUGACACUGGGCAUGCUCGCCAGCUGCCAGAUCAGUGUGUUCAAGGGGGUGAUGUACAUUGUGGCUCAGAUGCUAGGCUCUGCCUUGGCCAGUGGUAUUGUCUAUGGAACCCGGCCAGAGGGAAAUGCUGCACUGGGGGUCAACGCUCUAAAUGGUGUCUCUGCCAGCCAAGGCGUUGGCAUCGAGCUCCUGGCUACCUUCCAGCUGGUCCUGUGUGUCAUAGCUGUCACUGAUAAAAGGCGGCACGACGUCACCGGCUCUGCCCCCCUGGCCAUCGGGCUCUCUGUCGCUCUGGGACACUUGGCAGCAAUCAGCUACACAGGCUGCGGUAUCAACCCUGCUCGAUCCUUUGGACCAGCUUUGAUCAUGAAUGAUUAUACAAACCACUGGGUGUACUGGGUGGGGCCAAUGUGCGGAGGUGUGGCAGCUGCUCUGGUCUAUGACUUCCUCCUGUACCCCAAGUUUGAUGACUUCCCUGAACGCAUGAGGGUCCUGGUCAGUGGCCCUGUGGGCGACUAUGAUGUCAAUGGAGAAGAGACCGCAGCAGUAGAAAUGUCAUCAAAGUAGUAUUGUGAGAGAAACGCCAUCGAGUGUAUAGUACUUUAGAUAUCUAACUAUACUCCUGGAAAGAAAACAUUGACAUUUCCUUCAGAAUGGGAACAAUUCAUUUGUUAUUUCAAAAUACUGAUCAAGAAUUUGAAAGAAGAGGAGCACUUUUAUUUUGUUGUGGAGUAUUAGUAGGCCUGUCAAAACACUUUUUUUUACUGAACUACCAAUUAGUAUCCAAAAUUAACUUAAGUAGCCUAUUCCCUAACAUUUCUAAACAUGUUUCUUUAUACAAGAGUUGUUGGAACAUCUUGCUCUUUGUUAAAAUAUUUCCCCUAUCAGUAUUCUAUAUACUGUACAGAGUCAUUUGUUUUUGUAUAUUUUCUGUAUUCCUGUUUAUGUAUAAACAUUUUAUUUCUUAAUGUAUAAAGUAUAUAUUUCUGUUUGCAAUCUUGAAUUGUCUUUUACUUUUGUAAGUAAAUAAAACACCAGAUGUACCCCU